AUGCGAUCCCUCCUCGCAGGGCUCACGGCCCUCUGCACACUCACCACCUCCACCCAAGCCCUCUACUUCUACCUCGACGGCACGACCCCAAAAUGUUUCUACGAAGAACUCCCUAAAGAUACCCUCGUCGUCGGCUCCUACAAAGCCGAAGCAUACAACCCCUCCACCGGCUCCUUCGCGCCCACUAACGAACUCUCCAUCGCCGUGACCGUCGACGAGACAUUCGACAACGACCAUCGCGUCGUCAACCAACGGACCACCUCCUCUGAAACCCGCUCUAAAUUCACCUUCUCGUCCGCCGAGGCCGGCGACCACAGAAUCUGCUUCACCGCUUCGGGCCCUGCGGCGAUAAGUGUCGGGGGAUGGCUGGGUGGGAAUGCGGGUGUGACUAGUGGGGGCGUGAGGUUGAGUUUGGAUAUGGCGAUUGGGGAGACGAGUAAGAUCCAGAGUGCGGAUCAGGGAAAGGUGGAUAGUAUUGUGGCCAAGGUGAAGGAGCUGAACGGACGGUUGGCGGAUAUCAGGAGGGAGCAGAUCUUCCAGAGAGAACGAGAAGCAGAGUUCCGAGACCAGAGCGAAUCGACCAACGCAAAGAUCGUGCGGUGGACGUUAAUUCAGCUGGCCGUGCUGGGUAUCACUUGCGCAUGGCAGUUGUCGCAUCUCAGGUCGUUCUUCAUCAAGCAGAAGUUGACGUGA